AAUUAUCGCUAUUUUUGCUUUUUAAAAAUUUCAACGUACGAAAAAUGUGUUCCAGAGAAAUAGUAACAUUACAGCUAGGUCAUUAUUCAAACUUUGUAGGCACACAUUGGUGGAACUUACAGGAUUCUUCCUUCUUGUACAAUCCAACAGAAGCACAACAGAAGGAGAAAGAAGUGGACCAUGAUAUUUUAUGGAGAGAAGGGAGAACCCUCAAAGGUGAAAUAACAUUUACCCCACGAUUGAUAGCAGUGGAUCUGAAAGGGAGUCUGAGCACCUUAAAACAAGAGGGAGUCUUGUAUGAAACGAAUCAUCAUGAAGAUAUCAAAUGGAGUGGUGAUAUCACACUUCAUAAGUCAACCCCAGCAGAAAAGAAUGCUUAUUUAACAGAACUUGAAAAAGAGGAUCAAGCAUUGUUAGAAGACAAAGGAAAACUACCAGGGUCUUCAGACAUAAUAUAUGAUGAUGUAGAAAUGAAAGACUCCUCUUCUAGUACUACAAAAGAUACAGAAGGGAGGACUAGUGAUACCCCUGUGGUUUUUGGUAAAGUCUUUCACAAUCUGGAUGACGUGGUGAGAGUUUGGUCGGAUUAUCUCCGCGUCUAUCUUCAUCCAAAGACAAUCCACAUCAUAGAACAGUUCAGCCAUUUAAAUAGCCUCCAUCCGUUUGAUGUACACGGAGCUGGACACAAAGCUUUAGAAGAUCAUGAGGCUAGAAAGGAACUUGAGGACAGGAUUCACUAUUUCUGUGAGGAAUGUGAUAGUUUACAGGGUUUCCAUGUACUGGUGGACACUCAUGAUGGAAUUGGGGGGUUUUCUGCCGAGACUUUACAACAUCUACGAGACGACUACUCAUCAAAGUCUAUCAUGACGUUUGGAUUUACCCCGCCUAAUCUUCCUGAUGAUACUGCAGUCAGAAGAGCCAAUCGAAUCUUGAACUCAGUUUUAAGUUAUCACAAAAGUUUUACCCACAGUUCCCUAUUCUUCCCUUUAUCCUUAGCCAAUAGUUUAUGGAAGACAAUUGGAAAUUAUGUCAACUUUCCUCAACUUGACUACAAGCUAAUUGACUACCACACCAGUGCUGUAAUGGCAGCUACUCUGGACACGGCCUCCAUGCCCUAUAGAACAGUGAAUCCUAUACACAUGUGUGACAUCACUGACAACUUCAGCAGUCUUGGCAAAAAGGUGGGAUCUAUAAGCACAGCCUUGCCUUUCUUGCUGGAAGCUGAAUACAACUUUAUAGACACGAUACAGGAGCUAGAGGGCUCUCUACCCUGGCUAUCAGUCACGCCUCACUGCACUAAUCAGUCCCUCCCAUUCAUGCAGUCAGUGGUGGCCAGGGGAAUUCCAGAAAAUGCACCAAGAAGUCCCAGAGGCCUGUACAGUUCUUGUCGAUCAAUUAACGACACAUUACAAGUUUAUCUCACAGAAAAUUUCAACUCUUGUCUCAAUGCUGGAACAGUGGUCAAAGAUCCAACCAAAGUGUGUACACCAUUCCCUCACAUCUUCAAGAACAUUAGCAAAGAGGGACUUGUUUCAACUAGAGACAGACAUCAAUUUGAAGGUGUUGAGUCGGUCCAGAUGAUGACCAGUAUGCAGUCCAGUCCAGACACUGCCCAGCUGUUGAAUACCUUGUACAAAGAAGCCAAGAAACUCAACAUCAGGAAGCACACGCGGUACUUAGAGUGUGGCCUGGAAGAAGAUGAGUAUCAGGAAAUACUUCAGGAUGUGGCAGACCUAGAGAAAUGCUACAGGCCAAAAAGUGACAUGGGGUGACAGACGAAGGACCCGCCAUAAAGAAUGAAACACAGCCAGCAGCAGAAACGAACAAUGCCAGAAGCAGUGUAGUUCACCUUAUCCAACUACCAUUAACACUGACUAGCUGAACAUGAUAUAUGUGUUGUAUACAUGUCAUUAAAGUAAUUUUAAUUUGAAAAUGCAUUGCUUAACUUUAAAGAGCUUCUUUUCGGAAUAUGUAAGAUUUGAUUCCUUUUCUUACAACAAUUAAUGUGUGUGGCAUAGACAGUUUACAUGUAUGAAUUACAACUUUAACCCUCACUCUAAUGCUCUCCAAAGAAAACAUUAAUUUAAAGAACAUUAAUAAUUUUCUGAAACUGGAAAGUUUAAAAUAGUUGACAUAUGUAUGUGAUACUUAUACAUCAUUUCAAA